UUGUUAUUGUUUUUGUUUCUAAAUCGGCGAUGUUAGUGCUGGCAAGUGGAAGUGAUGUGAUUGGCGGAUUGUAGUGUAGAUUGGUAUAACUUGCCGGAUUAAAGUUAAGGUAGUCGUGCGAAUGUGUGGUAUACGAGGAUGUAAUGAAUGUUUUCGUAUUGUAUCAUUUGUUGCUGGCUCUGACGCAAAUGUUCGGUGCAUCCUUUAGACAAGCGUCUCAGUGCAGGAUGAUGCAUUUUAAGUGCCGAGGAGGUUUCUACCCCAGAACAGACAAUACUGUUGCGAGAUUUCCUGUACCCGACGAGAAAAUCCACUGGGACAUCGACUAUCCUGAGUAUAAACCAACAAAUUACACGGCUGCUCAUAUCAAAGGCCAGAGUUGGGCAGAUCCGGAGAUUUCGCAUCCUUCGUUUCAUCCACAAUGGAACCAACUGGAUGGCAAUGUUAACCGCAAAAGUCACGUAGGAGUUUACAAAAUUGAAAAUUUAUUUCCAUUCAAUCCUGUGGGACGUACUGGAGUUUGCGGUAGAGGGUGUUUGGGUAGAUGGGGACCAAAUCAUGCAGCAGACCCGAUAGUAACGAGAUGGAAAAGGACGAGCAACAAUGAAAUUGAGCUGCAUUCAACAUCUGAAAAGAAAAUCCUCCAGUUUGUUGCAAUACAGCGCAGGGACACACGAGAAUGGGCAAUACCUGGCGGAAUGGUGGAUCCUGGCGAGGUAGUAACAACCACCUUGAAGAGAGAAUUUUUCGAAGAAGCACUUGAUGCUUUAGGAAGAAAGCCAGAGCAGUUAAAUGAAGCAGAUGCAAUCGUGGCGAAGUUUUUUGAAAGUGGAGAAACAGUUUAUAAAGGUUAUGUAGAUGAUCCACGUAACACAGAUAAUGCGUGGAUGGAAACCGUCGCAGUGAAUUUUCAUGAUGAGACUGGUUUGUCUGUUGGCAAAUUGCCUCUUUCUGCAGGGGAUGAUGCCGUUAAUGUAAGAUGGAUGGAUGUGGGGAAGGAUCUGGAAUUAUAUGCAAGUCACAUAGAAUUUAUUGAAGCUGUGGCCGAGAAACGAAAUUCACAUUGGUAGGGUUAGUUGGAAUCCGAACUAAAAAAUGUUUCCUAUGGUGUAAUUUGUUUAUAACGAAUUGGAAAAAAACCCAGAAAGUUAAGUUGACGAUUUUUGUAAUUUUCUUAAGGCUCAUGUGUUUGUACUCAGUUUUUCAGCAUUGUGACUUUAUUAUGAUUUCGACAAAAUCAGUAUAACACAAAUGAUUCAAGCAAAGGUGAUCACCAUAUAUAACGCUGUUUCCAUGCAGCAUCUACCUAUUUCCUAUAUAGGGAAUUCUUGUAUGUUUCCCUGCAUAGACGUUGGGUUUAAUCUGUGCAAGCAUUCUGCCUCAAAAAUAUAAUUGUCUAGGUUCUUUUGUGAAUUAUGUUAAUAAAUUUAUUGUUUUUCUUAAAUUGAUCUGAUUGUUAUACGAUUAUACUACAUAUGCUGAAUUUGUGACGUUUGUUGACAUACCAAUUUUCAAGAAGAUACUGCAGAAUUGCUGAAUUCAUUCUAAGUGGCAAAAAUAGUUCAUUUUAACUACUCCAAAUGCAUUUUAGCAGGCAUGUGGUUUGUUUUCUUUAUUAUGUUGUUCGUGCAACCUGCUGUCAGCAGCAGCUGGCUGAACAGAUCUAGUGAAGCUUGCCAGGCUUGGGGAAACUCAAGAUGGCGUACUUUAAGCACUGCGCUUCAGUACUCAUGUACACUUGUGUCUCCGUUGCAGCAGGUUAAUGUGCUUUAAUGGUUGCGGCGGAGAUAAGGACAGGCAGGCUGGAUGGUGAUUUUGUACAUGUCUAUCUACUAUACAAGCUCAGACUUACUAUAUUUUUGGAAUCAGCUCAGACUUUCCUUGUUUUUUAGUGCUGUAUGGAGUUGCAAAAAUGUCCCUGGUUUGAGAAUUUUAUGACUGCUGCUAUGAGUUUUAAUUUUGGACCUGUAUGUUCAACAUUGCAGUUUUGAACAAUCUCAUACAGCUGUGCCUCUUUCAGCUGAUCUUGGAGCAAUCCGUGAUGUCAGUUGUAUGGUGUGGCUACCAAUUCUGCCUCAACUAUUCACUUACUAUUACUUGUAUGGCAACACAACAGGGGCACAGUUUUUGCUGUUUUAGUGUGUGAAGUAAUUUGUCCACAUGUUUUUGAUCAUCUUAUCUGUACUUGUUUUUUGUCUCAUCGUUUAUCACUGGGCAAAAAAAAGAGUGGAUUUAUUGUUAACCUGAAACAGGAAUAUAAAUUUUUGAAAUUGUGUAAUAAAAUUAAUUAUGAAGAUGUUUAUUAGUCAUUAUGCACUGAAGAAUCUUCUAUUGUACACAAAGGAAAGGAUGAUAUUAAAGACUAUAGGAGUACUGGUACUGCUUCACCAGAUAUGAGAUAUCCCCCCCCCCCCCCCCCCCCCAAGUCAAAAGUAGGAACUGUGAUCUGGUGUGUGCUGCUAAAAGAGGUUAUAUUUUCAUACCACACUGUUAGACACGAACUCUGUUUAAAAACAUCAUACAGCACAUCCAAACUGGGCAAAAAGUUAUGAGACAUAAUUUCAUCUGCAAGAACCGAAAUAGAGGCAGUUAUCAAUAAUGUUAUUUUGCCAUUUAUAUUUGACAAUGAGUUGCAUUUUUUGGAAAACAUUAAUUAUGUAACAGUAAUGAUGGAUAGCUCACUCUGAAGUGUAAUAAAACUUGUUCAGAUUCAUAUAAGCUAUGUAAGCUGGGAGGAGUGAAUUGAAGUUAAGUUAAAAGUUUUAAAGUUUGGUGAUGUGUCGGGUAAAUCUGCUAAAUUUUGAUUUGGAACCUUUUGCAGUGUGCGAAAAAAUAGGAAUUUAGAGAAAAGUUGGUUUGUUGUUCU